AUUCCGCAAAUAUCUCCUAGUUAACGGGAUUAACGCGCUAAAUAUGGCGAGGAUAGCUCAAACUGAAGGAGGCUGUAGCACUCAUGUUAAUUUUGAAUUAUUUUAGCCUGCAGUACCCGCCAUAGACUGUCUAACAGACGGCCAGCUCGGUGCUCCUCAUCUCGCUACAUGUCGUACCCGCACGACUGACUGUGAAAUGACUGACAGCUGCAACUGAAGCUAAUCUCCGUAAAUACGAUGUAGCCUACAAACAGUCGCUGGCGACCGUCUGCUCUCGUUCAUAUUUUUUCGUCAUUUUCUCUGCGCUGACAAACUGUUUUCGCUGACACCCCCACCCCACCACCUACAAACAGUGAUGCUGUCAGGCAGCACUUAACUUCCUCCUAGGAGUUAGUGACUACCUGUCAACUGCUGUUUCUAGCUCAGUUAUGCACCCCUACCACAGCUCCCAGUCCAGGCCGGACCGUCUUCCCUCUGAUGGUCACGGUCACCUUGGGUCAUCCAGAUCUCCGGCGUACACACCUGUGCAUUCAGCAUCAAUGUAUACAAGCUGCCACAAGGAACCUACACAAUCAUGUGCUUCCAUGAGUCGAGACUGGCAUUGUCCUGUCUGCCUUCAGACGGCGAGCUUCCCAGUCCAGACCAACUGUGGACAUUUGUUCUGUGCUCCCUGUCUGAUCGCCUACUGGAGACAUGGGCCCUGGUUGGAUGCCAUCAGCUGCCCUCUCUGCAGAGAGAAGGUCAGUGUGCUGUGUAAUCUAUUUAACGAGAGCCGAUCAGACCUUCAGUCUAAGGAAGUUCUCGGGGAAAUCACAGACUACAACAAACGUUACUCCGGAGCCCCUCGGAGGGUUACAGACUACCUGUGUGAUGCGCCCCUUCUCCUGCAGCUAAUGGUGCGAGGCCUGGGUAACAUGGGAGGACUCGUGUGGCUGUUUUUCUUCAGGGUGGCCUUGUGCUGUGUGGGGACCAUGGUGUCCAUCUCUUCCCCUCCUCUAGAGCCCACCUCCUCAUCAGAAAAUCCCUUGGAAACAGACCCCUCCCUCUGUGGACUGCUGGGGCUCCUGGAUGACCUGGUGGUGGUCAUCCUGCUCCUUAUCUGUGUUAUCAACAUCAAUCAGCAAAUGGCGCCGGAGAGAGGAGGACAUCCUCCAAAUGCUUCAACCUCACGAGGCGUAAUGGGGAGUUCGUUAUAGACAGAGUGUCAGCACGAGUCUGACAUGGACUUUCAUUGGAUUUCUUCCUUCUGGGGUAACUCGUUGGAUCAGCUUAUGCAAGAAUAUUGACAACAGCACAGUACGCAGCAGUGGAGAUGUUAGCUGGCUUUUGAGCUUUUCAGACUGUGGACUUAGUCUCCAGGCCUGUUUGUCAAGUGUUUACAAAGCUUGAGUGAUAGCUAGAAUACAGUGUCUUGCAGGGUGUGCUGGUUCAGCUGUGGUCACAAAUCCAUAUUCUUUACAUAAUUUCAUCUUUAUAUUUUGAUUAGAAGUAUUUUUUUAGCAUCUUAGUCAUCAUAGAAAUGGCCACAGCAUCAUUUUUACUCACAAAGUUCACAAAAUGCUGCCAUGUCAGUACUGUAAUAUUGACAUCUAUGUAAAUAGUUAUUAAUGUAUGUUGAAGUUAUGUUUUUGUGUGUAAAAUAAAU